CGUUGAGGACCGGCUCGCAUAUAGUUGUUUGUAUUCAGUUUAAAUUUCACGAUUCAAUUCGUUUUCCCUUCUGCUUUUCUUUUCAAAUUCCUCGGAUUUUCCAUGGAUCCAAACACUUACGUAAUCAACGAGCUUCAUCGGUUUUCUCCUUGUUGUAUUGGACUUCGCUCGCUAAACUCCAAACCCGCCGCUAAGUUCCCUCAAUCUUCAACUUCCAAUGCAUGCUCCCCUCGACGGCUCCGCCCUCUCAGCCGUGUAAGAUUUGGAUCCAACUCGCCGGUUGUCGCCUGCAGCUCCAUCUCCGAGGCCGAAACCGCUUCGCCGGCAGCCGAGAGGCCGGUUCCCGUUAAACCGGUUUAUGUUCCCACGCCGGCCAAACGAGACACUCGAACUCCGCACAGCGGGUACCACUUUGAUGGGACUGCUCGACCAUUUUUUGAGGGUUGGUACUUUAAGGUAUCAAUACCAGAACGAAAACAGAGCUUUUGCUUCAUGUAUUCGGUUGAGAAUCCUGCAUUUAGGAAGAAACUGUCGCCAUUAGAAACACUGCAGCACGGACCUAGAUUUACAGGAGUUGGGGCUCAAAUUCUUGGUGCUUAUGACAAGUAUAUAUGCCAAUACGCCGAGGAAUCUCAAAGCUUUUGGGGAAGAAGACACGAGCUAGUAUUGGGGAAUACUUUUGUAGCCAACAAAGCCUCACGACCUCCAAGUAAGGAGGUUCCUCCCCAGGAAUUCAAUAGAAAAGUUUCGGAAGGCUUUCAAGUUACCCCUCUUUGGAAUCAAGGCUUUAUUCGUGAUGAUGGCAGGACAUAUUAUACAGAAACUGUUAAAACUGCAUGUUGGGAGUACAGUACUCGCCCCAUAUACGGAUGGGGUGAUGUUGGGUCCAAGCAGAAGUCAACAGCUGGUUGGCUUGCUGCUUUUCCCGUAUUUGAACCCCAUUGGCAAAUUUGUAUGGCCUCUGGACUUUCGACAGGCUGGAUAGAGUGGGAUGGUGAAAGGUUUGAGUUUCAAGAUGCCCCUUCAUAUUCAGAAAAGAAUUGGGGUGCAAGCUUCCCUAGAAAAUGGUUUUGGGCUCAAUGUAAUGUCUUUGAAGGUGCUACUAGGGGAGAAAUAUCUCUGACUGCUGCUGGUGGAUUAAGGCAACUGCCUGGCCUGACCGAGACCUUCGAAAAUGCUGCAUUGAUCGGAGUGCACUAUGACGGAAUUUUCUACGAAUUUGUGCCAUGGAAUGGCGUUUUAACUUGGGAAAUUUCUCAGUGGGGUUACUGGAACGUUGCUGCGGAAAACACAACACAUAUGGUCGAGUUAGAGGCAACAACAACCGAUUCGGGUGCAACAUUACGCGCUCCCACGGUAGAGGCCGGUCUUGCUCCUGCUUGUAAGGACACUUGUUCCGGUGAUCUAACAUUGAAGAUCUGGGAGAAAAAUGCUGGUGGCAGUAAGGGCAAGCUAAUUUUGGAUGUUAAAAGUGACAUGGCAGCACUAGAAGUAGGAGGAGGGACAUGGUUUAACACUUGGAAAGGCAAGACCACAACACCAGAGGUCAUUAAAAGUGCUCUCCAGGUCCCUGUUGAUAUGGAAGGUAUCUUUGGUCCGGCUCCAUUUUUAAAACCCCCCGGGCUAUAACCGGAUAAAGAUCACGGUGGCAUAGGUACGGACCAUACUUCUAAAUCUUUUCUACUUAAACAAUAUUGUCGGUGACGAUCCAUUGCCGUAAAAUCAUGUGUUGAUAAAACGCAAUGCCAUUCUAAAGCAUAAAAUCACAGUUUGUAUAUGGUGAAGGGAUUAUACUACACAAGUUCUUGAGUAGUUUUUCA